AUGUUUCCAACGCCGAGCGACUCUGGCCCUGAGCUGGAGAAACCCCCCAAUGCCCCGCCAUCUACGAUAGUGGCCGAUAAAUCGGAUGACGUGCCUGAUGCUGGGCUGCGGAGUUUGGAUCACUACAAGCGCAAGCUUCCUCCCUGGCGAUAUGCUCUUCGACAGAGUCUACUGCCCUUGAUCCGAUGGGAGACGCCAUAUCUGGCAUGGAUGCAAGACAAGAUGAGAUCACCGGCCCUCGAUUCCUACUUUGCAAUUACUGCGAAUCUCGGUACCCAUACGUCCUUCAUGGUUGCGCUUCCCAUACUUUUUUGGUGCGGAUAUACGUCCUUGGGUAGAGGAAUGGUUCAUAUUCUGGCUUCUGGCGUGUUCUUCACCGGCUUCCUCAAGGACCUUUUCUCUCUACCGCGCCCCCUCUCCCCGCCCCUACAGCGUAUUACUAUGACAGGGUCGCAUUCUCUAGAAUACGGCUUCCCUUCUACACAUUCAGCAAAUGCGGUGUCAGUUGCUGUGUACGCCUUGUUUAGCUUACACUCUCCCGAUUGCCAGUUGAAAGCCUCCACAAAGCUUAUGCUGGAGGCGCUGAGCUACUCGUAUGCGUUCUCGAUCGUCCUCGGGCGUCUCUACUGCGGAAUGCAUGGAUUCCUCGAUGUUAUUGUAGGGAGCAUCAUUGGAGCUGCGAUAUCUGCUGUCGAGUGCAUCUAUGGUCCGAAUAUUGAUAAAUGGCUUCACGGUGGCACUUGGGUAGCCCCGGCCACAGUUGCUCUUAUUAUUAUCAUCCUGAUCCGCAUACACCCCGAACCAGCUGAUGAUUGCCCUUGUUUCGACGAUAGCGUUGCUUUCGCUGGAGUUAUGAUCGGGAUUGAAUGUGGAGGCUGGCAUUAUGCAUCAGGCGACUGGGCGUGGAACAUCCCCGUUCCAGCAACUGUGCCCUUUGACCUCGAACAUAUGGGUUGGUUAACGGCAAUUACGCGCAUUGUAGUUGGAGUCCUUGUGAUCUUUGCAUGGAGGGAAAUAAUGAAACCGGCGUUGCUCAAAUUUUUGCCGCGUCUAUUCCGAAUCAUCGAACAAUACGGCUUCAUCUUGCCUCGGAAGUUCUUUAUGCCCGCUUCCGAAUACAAGGACAUACCCUCGCGAUUAAAAGUUGAUAAUGUUAUGCCGUCGGUUUCGGAUCUGCCGACUCUCCUCACAUCGAUACGGCAUCCCGGGCGUGGCCGUUCGGUAUCUGUGGGGCCCCAAUCUGCUGCUGAUGCUUAUGAAACUUUGGCAUAUCGGGAAAAGAGACGAAGAGAUAGCUUGACAUAUCCAUCAGGCUCGAGAUCUAAAUCGCCACCAUCUUUGAUAGCAGGCCGAUCAAAUGGCGUGGCAACGUGUGACGACGUUGAUAAAGACGGUUCGACCCAGCAGGUAUCUGGAAUAUCAUCAUCAUUGGGCGUCAACACCGCGGGGAAUCUUCCGACCCCGCCGCAAUCUAGGGUCUCGUCAUAUGAGCAGAUGAUGGGCCAAGGUCGUGUUACAGUCACGCCCUCAACGCCCCCACCAGGUGAUGAAGAUGACAAUCCUGAUGAGGACCCUAUCAUUUUUGUUGGGCAGGAGCAGGAGAUGGGAGAAAAGGAAUUGUUCUCCAGACUAGAGAAACCUCGCGUCAGAUAUGAUGUUGAGGUUGUUACCAAACUUGUUGUCUAUACUGGGAUUGCUUGGCUGGCUGUUGAAAUUAACCCUAUAAUUUUUGAAAUAAUCGGCUUAGGAAUGGGACAGCAUAGUCGCCCGAUUCGAUAG